UUUCUUUUCUUUUCUUUUCUUUUAUUACAUUAUUAAAAACAAAAAUAUGGCUGGUAAGAUUGUUGUAAAGAACCCUAUUGUCGACCUUGAUGGUGAUGAAAUGACCAGAAUUAUCUGGCAACUCAUCAAGGACAAACUUAUCUUGCCAUACCUUGACUUGGACAUUAAAUAUUUUGAUCUCAGUGUGGAGAAUCGUGAUGCUACGGAUGACCAAGUCACUAUUGAUUCUGCUGAGGCUAUCAAGAAGUACAAUGUGGGUAUCAAAUGUGCCACUAUUACGCCUGAUGAGGCCCGCGUAGAAGAGUUCAAGCUUAAAAAGAUGUGGAAAUCCCCCAAUGGUACGAUUCGUAACAUUUUGAAUGGUACUGUCUUUCGUGAACCUAUUAUUGUCAAGACAUUGCCUAAACUUGUUCCCGGUUGGACAAACCCUAUUAUUGUCGGCAGACAUGCUCAUGGUGAUCAAUACCGUGCCACUGAUUUUGUUGCUCCUGGUCCUGGUACAUUUGAAAUUGUCUAUACACCUGCUGAUGGCUCUGAGCCUAAAAAGAUGCAAGUCUUUGAAUUCCAAUCAUCCGGUGGUGUUGGUAUGGCCAUGUACAACACAGACGAAUCCAUUGAAGGCUUUGCUCAUGCUUGUUUCCGUGUUGCCCUUGAGCGCAAAAUGCCUCUUUACUUGAGUACCAAGAAUACGAUCUUAAAGGCUUAUGAUGGUCGCUUCAAGGACAUUUUCCAACAGAUUUAUGAAUCUCAAUAUAAAUCUCAAUUUGAUGCUGCUGGUAUCUGGUAUGAACACCGUUUGAUUGAUGAUAUGGUUGCUCAAGCACUCAAGUCAAAUGGUAACUUUGUCUGGGCUACCAAGAACUAUGACGGUGAUGUUCAGUCUGACAUUGUUGCUCAAGGUUAUGGUUCCCUUGGCCUGAUGACUUCUGUGCUCUAUACACCCGAUGGUAAGACAGUGGAAGCUGAAGCUGCUCAUGGUACUGUGACAAGACAUUACAGAGAACACCAAAAGGGCAACAAGACGUCUACUAACCCCAUUGCCUCGAUAUUUGCUUGGACCCGAGGCUUAGAACACCGUGCCAAAUUGGACGAAAAUGCUGAUUUACUUCAGUUCUGUAAGGAUUUAGAAAGAGCUUGUAUUGAGACUAUUGAAGUCGACAAGCAUAUGACGAAGGAUUUGGCCUUGAUUAUCUAUGGCAAGGACAUGACCACUGAACACUAUUCAACCACAGAAGACUUUUUGCAACAAAUUGCAGACAAAUUGGCUUCUAUUCGUAACCGCGCUUCUCUUUAAAAAAGUUAGAUAAACAUUUUUCUCACACUUGUUUAAUUAUUUCACAUGUUGUAAACUCGGGACAAAAGGAGGAU